AUGGUUGAGGGUGAAUCAAGCAAUGCAAGGGAAAGAAGGCUUAAGAUGCAAGCCGAUUUGGAGAGGAUGACUCAAAGGAUGGAAGAGUCUGAUGCAGAGGAGUAUGUGUACUCUGAGGAAGAGUCUGAGAGCGAGAGAUUGAGGGAGGAGAGGAGGACCAAGAAGAGGAAUGACCCCAUUAGUAGUGAGAGUGAGCAAGGGGAGUUUGAGAUUGGAGUGAACCUUGUUCAAGAGGAGGGAAAUGGCUCUCCAAGUGAAGAAGGAAGUGAUGAGACUGAGAGUGAAGAGGAAGGAGAAGAGGUGAAUCAGUUGGUUGAAGAGAGUGAGCAAGAGAGUAACCAAGAUGAACCUAUGGAGGAGGUUGAGCCACAAGAGGAGGAAGAAGAACUCCCUAUGCCCUUGGAAUCUUUGAAGAUGUGGAGCUGGUCUCAAGAACAUGCACUUGGCCAAGCUCUUCUCUUAUCACAUGGAAUCCUACAAGGAGCUCACUUGCGAGUUCUUAGCUUCAAUGAGGUACCACAUGUACGAGAGGAAGAUAGAGCUGAUUUGGACCAAGGAUUGGGAUGGAUCACGUUCUUGGCUAAGGGAGAGAAGAGAAUGGUGACCUUUAGGCAGUUGGAGAUCUUGUUUGGGUUCAACUAUGGAGAAGGUACCAAGUGGAACUUCAAGGAAAGGAACUCCAAAGGGUUUGGGCUACAAUCGCUGAUGGAGUGUACUCUUCCUCAAGGUCCAAGGCAGCUCAAAUCAGGAGCCCAGUGUUGA